UCCGUCGGCGGCUCCGUGCUCGUAGGGAGCUUGCUGGGGCCGGUGGGCGCCAUCGGCGGUGCCCUGGCCGGCGCCGUCGUCGGGUCCAGGGCCGGGGCCGCGGCCAGCGACGCGGCCUGCGACGCCGUGGAGUCCUGCGCCGACGACGUCUGCGACAGGUGCAAGGCGGAGAGCGCCAGGCGCUCCACCCAGAAGGCCAACUGGGGCGGCGGACGCCUCGGCUCCGCAGACGACGCGGCCACGCCGCUGGGCGGUUCGGCCUCGCGGGCGGGCGCGCCCCCCGCGCAGGGCCCGGGCGACGAGCCCUCGGCGGCCAGCAAGGUUGGGGAGGCCGCGGCGGCCGCCGGCGAGACCCUGGGCCGCGCCGCGAGCGCCACGGGGGAGACCCUGAGCAGGGGCUGGUCCUCGCUGUCCGCGUCCGUGUCGCGGACCUUCGGCGGAGCGGAGGAGCCCGCCGCCCCGCGGGCCGGCAGGAGGCCACCGACGCCGUCCCCUUCUCCGGCAGCGGGCACGUGUUGGGCAGCGGCGCGCCCGUCGAGCCCAGGCCCGUCAGCCGCCUGCUGGCCGGCCCGCCGGCGCCGUCGCCGGCGGGCGCGGGCGCGCCGGGCGCGGCGAGGCCACAGGUGGACCAGGACGAGGCCCUGGCGCGGCAGCUCCAGGAGCAGUUCGACCGGGAGGAGCGGGGCCGGUGAGGGGCCGCGGCGCAGGGAUCGCACGAGGGGUCGGGGCGCGAGGCGGGGACGCGCGCGCGGCCUGAGCGCCAGGCCUCCCCUGAGGGGGGGGGAUCCGAGCAGAUGUCGACGACCGAGGCUCGAUGCGUGCCCCUGCGGCUGCCCCCGACGCUGAGCGCCAAGGGGAGCCUUCUCGGCAGCCUCCGGGCAAGGGCCUGUUCCUCCGCAGAUCCCCUGCCUUCUCAGCAGGCCUCCCCGCUCGCCCGGCCCCCUGCCUAUCGCGGCGCCGGCGGCAGGCGGCAGCCCUACAGAGUCGGAAUCGGCACGCGACCGCUUCGGCGGCUGCCUUGCUACAGAGCGUGCCCGAAGAAGGAACAACUUGUGAUUCUUCCACGUGCGCGCCCCGGAGAGCUCGUGCGCCUGCGUCGCCCACAGACACCGGGCCGCGGAGGGCUGCACAGAAAAGGAGGUGCCCUUUGAGCUCUUCUUUUGCCGGGCGGUGGGAUGCGUUGCAGAGGAC